AUGAAGAUCGCUUGUUUGCAGUUUGCGCCACAGGUCGGCGAUGUCGACAACAACCUCAACCGUGCCGAUGCCAUCCUCAGCAGAGCCGGCGCCGACGAUCUCGAGGGCCUUGACCUGCUCGUGCUCCCAGAACUUGCCUUUAGCGGCUACAACUUCAAGUCGCUGCAGCACAUCACCCCCUUCCUAGAGUACCCGGGGUCCGGCAUCAGCUCGCUCUGGGCCCGAACAACGGCCCUCAAGUACGACUGCGCCGUCAUCGUUGGCUACCCGGAAAAGGUCGACGUCACCGCCCACUGGCCAGCCUCGCCCGAGUACUACAACUCGUCCUUUAUCGUCAACGGCGACGGCGAGACCAUUGGCAACUACAGAAAGUCUUUCCUGUACCACACGGACGAGACGUGGGCCUUAGAGGGCAGGGAUGGCUUCUUCUCGGGCCAGAUCCCCGGCAUGGGCAACGCCGCCCUCGGCAUCUGCAUGGACCUCAACCCCUGCAGCUUCGAGACGCCGUGGAAUGCGUUCGAGUUUGGCUUCCACAUCCUCGAGGUCGAGGCAAACGUCGUAAUCCUGACCAUGGCCUGGCAAACAAGUCAGGACACGCGCCUAUUCAGCCGCCGGCCACAGGAACCUGAUCUCCAGAUGCUCGUCUACUGGGUACAGCGCCUCGAGCCCGUCAUUCGCGCGGAAAGAGAAGAGGAAAUCAUCGUCAUCUUCUGCAACCGGACCGGGGCUGAAGACGACGUCAUGUACGCCGGCACCAGCGCCGUCAUUGGCAUCAAAGGGGGCGAGGUCUUUCUCUACGGCCUUCUGGGCCGCGGAGUAAAAGAGCUUCUUGUAGUCGACACCGACGCCGCACCCAUCAGCAAGCUG